UUAGCUUGGUGUAAGUUUUAUCUCUUUAGUUUGUUUAGUUUUUGGUUUAUAUUCACAGAUUUGUGUCAUCAUGCCGUCUGAAAGUCGACGAUGGGAAACUUUAGAGGCUUUAAAAAACUCCCCGAAAGGACAAAUCCGGUUCGACCCGGACUGGUGGGAGCGAGGCGAGGAUAUUUUGGCCGGUUAUAAAGAAGACCUCAGCUUGUCCUCGCACUCUGGAAUCAUAUUGCAGCGUCUCGGCUCCUUGCCCUCGCAGAGGUCCUGUUUUCUGGGCUCCAGCUCCGGAGACUCCAGCCCCGGUCUGUCGGAGGAGAACCCAGCCUCGAUCUCCUCCACAGGGUCCAUCUCAGACAUCACCGCCAGGCACAACACGCUCUCCGCAACAACGUCUUUAAAGAGUGAGCCUGACUUUCUGCCUCCAUCCUUUGCUCAGUUUAACAUGCUGCACGCUGCUAUCAAUGAGGCGAAGGCGGAAGAUCCAGAGGUGGAUGUCAGCGAAGUCUCCAGCCCUGUGUCUCUACCCGCCAUCUCCCUGCUGUCGCCCAAAGCCAUGGAUACGGCCGGUCGCAUCAUCAAAUUUGAGGAGGAACAACGAGAAAAGGCAAAGGUGGCGCUCAAACUGCGGCAGGAGAUGCAGGAGAAGCUGAUGGUGGAGGUGGCGAGUUCAGGUUCAGAGCAGCUGAAACGCUUCGAGGAGUUCAUGGAGCUGAAGCAGAGGCAGGAGUACCAGAGCAUGAGGGACAUGAUGGACAGAGAAACUAAAGAGAGCAUCGGGCGUCAAGAGAAGCUGAAGGAAGAGCAGCGACACAGGAUGAAGAUCCUGAACCUGCGCCUGAGGGAAGCGGAGCAGCAGCGCAUGCGUGAGGCAGAGCUGGAGCGACAGCGGCAGUCAGAAGGCCGGGAGAGGCUGCGCAACCUCAACACCAUUCAAGAGGAGAUCCUGCAGCUCAACCAACUGCUGGAGCCGUCCACUCAGACCAAGACUAGUGUCCCGCCAGCCAGUCUCAGCUCCUACAGCACCCGCGGGAACCAGCUCUGCUCCCAGGUGUCAGAAGUGGUCCGAAAGACAGCAGAGGGAGAGUUUCCCAGUGUUGAGGACAUGACCGUGGCAGAGCGAGCCCUCCACGAGAUGAGGGCCCUGAUCCGGCUGAUGCAGGAGGAGGUGGCCAAGGCUCAGGAGAAGAAGAAGAAGGAUCAGGAGGAUGAGGAGGAGCGCAGGAAGCAGGUAGAGCUGCAUGCGCAGCAGGAAGCACAGAAGAAGGCGGCGCAGUCCGCCAAAGAGAAAGCACAGAGGAAAGGGCUGCAGAACAGAGCUGAAGACACCACACUGAAAUGGUACAAGGAGCUGCAGGCUUCCGCUGCUCAGUGCGCUCAGUCCUUCGAACAACUUAAUACCCCAAAAGACAAUCAGACAAAGAAACUGAAGUUGGAGCUUCAGAAGGCGGCCAGCAUCCCCGUCAGUCAAAUCUCCAGCAACUCCGGAUCUCAGCUCAGAGAGAUCUUUGACAAGAUCGACAAGCUGCUCUCGGGACGGGGUGUGGUGUCAGGUGGCAAGUCCAUCUCCACCUCCCAGCAUCCACAGGGUCUGGACUUCGUCAGCUACAAACUGGCCGAGAAGUUUGUGAAACAAGGAGAGGAAGAGGUGGCGUCUCACCACGAAGCAGCGUUCCCCAUCGCUGUGGUGGCCUCUGGUGUCUGGGAACUGCACCCACGGGUGGGCGACUUCAUCCUCGCCCACCUGCACAAGAAAUGCCCGUACGCAAUCCCAAACUACCCUCCGAUGAAGGACGGCACGGCUGUGGAGGAUUAUCAGAAAAUUCUUGGUUACCGCGUGGAUGACUCCGGGGUCGAAGGUCAGGACAGUUUCCUGAAGAGGAUGUCUGGGAUGAUCCGCCUCUACGCUGCCAUGAUCCAGCUGAGGUGGCCCUACAGCUCCAAGCAAGGGCCUGUUCCUCAUGGUCUGAACCACGGCUGGCGUUGGUUGGCUCAGAUGCUCAACAUGGAGCCUCUGGCUGACAUCACGGCGACGCUGCUGUUCGACUUUCUGGAGGUUUGUGGAAACGCUCUGAUGAAGCAGUAUCAGGGCCAGUUCUGGAAACUUAUCCUUCUUCUGAAAGAGGAGUACUUCCCCAGGAUUGAAGCGGUGACCAGCAGUGGACAGAUGGGCUCAGUCAUCAGACUCAAGCAGUUUCUCGAGACAUCACUGCAGAGCCGACAGAUCAGUCCACCCAAAGGCCAGCUGAGCUCCAACUUCUGGAGGUCGUGAGGGAUGAAGAGGAUGAAAUGACAUUUUUUAAGACUUAACAAGGCAAAGCAGGAAAGGAUCCGACGCUGGAAAUCUUCUCCAUUCAGGGGAAAAAGUUUGAAGCCGCUAGGAAAAACGGAUGUAUCAUGCUCUGGAUCACAAGGAAUUUCAUGGAUGAAGACGCACUGGAUACCAAGUUUAAUUACAUCUUUAGAUUAUAAGAUAGUGCAGAAGGAAAAAAAAAACAUUUAUCAACUUAUAUCAGUUCAGACAAACACUGCAAUUCUCUCGACUUUCUUUCAGACCGUCCUUUGAAGUCUUGAAAUAUUUUUUUGGGGUAUCCUGGUCCAGAUGUGUGACUGACUGUAAUGCACUGAUCAUUUGAUAAAGCUUUAGAAUAUACAGUUCAUGAGUGUGCAACAGGAAACACCCAGCAGAGCCAUGUUUGUUUUUCCUUUAAAUGCAAUAAUUAAGCGUUGUUGAUGAUAAAAUAUCUCCUUUACAUUUUUGGUAAAGUGCCUGAGUGUAAAAUCCUGGUAAAAUUUAAUAAGUUAUCAUAUUUCUCAGCUGUUUCAAUCAGUUAUUCUGUUAGUUUGUUGAUAUUCCAGCUGUUUUAUUUUAAUCACAAAAUUCAGUAACAAAAAGGUCACUACUGUUUUUAUUCUGUUGCUGCUCAAAUCAAAAUUGUGUGGAAUGAUUUGAAUGUUCAGCUAUUUAUAUAUAUUUUUUAAUUACUCCACCAUGUGGAACCAGGAUUUGUGGUUUGAUGAACUUGAUAAUCAUUGUGAAUGAAGUCGUCUUAAGAUUAGACAUAUCUACAAAAAGGUUUAAUUCAGUAUUUCCAAAACACCAAUGAGUUGAUCCUCGAACCGAAAUAGAAAUAUGAAGAUGACACAAGGCUUUGGAGUAAUAUCCAGUAUGCUUUGCAGAGCUUUCAACAUGUGAAUGAUAUAGAAACACGUGGGAUAGGUACUGAAUGAUUGCCAUCUUCAGGAGUCUAUAAAAAUGUCUGUUCAUAAACCAAAUGCAAAAGUUUAAAAUAAACCUCAUCACCAGUUCACUGGAA